CUGGUAGUGAAUAGUCCUGGGUACCUUUUUGCCUGCCUUUUGGCAGUGGGGGGAAGAUAAGGGCAAAGAAUGCUGCUGUGGUUUGGGUACCAGAGUGGGAAGGCAGGAAAAAGUGGCAGCGAGAAAAAGUGCAAUUAAGAUUUGGGCUUGUUAAAUAAUGAGGAUGCUUAUAUUCUCCUGAAGUACCAACAAAGUUGAGGAUGCUUUAAACCAAAGCCUUUAAAGAAUAUCAGUCUGCACAAAGCACUGGCUCCACCAUGCACAUAUAUAUGUUAUAUAUGUUGCAGGGUUGUUGCCACCCCCCCUUCCCUCGCAUGAAGGUUUAAUUUCAUAUGUUAAGUGAGUUUAUAUCCUUCUGGACCAGAAAAUAGUCAGGGAUGCAGCCAGACAGACUCGUGCUGUGCUCUAGUCCCAGCUUUAUCCCUGUUUGUCACCAGGUGUGAUGCCAUCCCAGCUCCUAUCGCAGCGCACAGGGACAUCUAACGGCCCCGAAACAUAUUGCAGAGGGUGAUAUAGCAAUGCAUGAUGUCAUGAUGCUAUAGGCAAAGCCCAGGUGGGAUGUGCAAACGUGUCGCAUCGACCGCAGGAACCUGGAGCCAACUGCUGCUUCGUUCGCCCGCUCAGCUCCAGUGGCGCAUCCCAAGCAAUCAAAUAAUUACAUUAAAUCAAAAUGGGGCAAAAGGGGGAAAAGCGAAGAGCCAGCACAAGGAAUUUUGCUUCACAAAGAGGGGAAACAUCUUGAACGUGCCGCUGGCGUGUUGCUGCAGACAGCUUAAGCCCAGAGAAAAUUCUUUGGCAGUGACAUCAAUUCAGCAAUAAGUAAUGCAUUUGCUAGGGCCGAGAUUCAAUUUAAGGUCUCUCCAGUGAGUGGAAUGAUUGAAUGGUACUUAAAAAGAAAAAAAAAGAAACCAACAAAUGAGAUUCCUUUUGUUAAGCUCUCAUCAGCCCAUAAUUUCAAAGAGGGUUUUUUCUCCGUUUUUUUCCCACUUGAACUGUGGUUUAUGCGCUGAAGUCUGCGAGAACUGCCUUGAACUUGGCUUUCUCCAGAAAUCACACCCCCCGUCCACCCAAUCUAGAAGCUGGCAAUGAUGGUUUUAGAUUUUGAGUGAUUCAGCCAAGGUUUGAGGAUCUUUAGCCUCUCCACACUCACCCUUUUUACCUACAACAGAAAGCACAGAUUCACAGCAAGGAAGGAGAGCGAGAAAAGGGCAGUUUUGAGCUGAGCAUCCUUGAGAAAUAUGACACAGAAUCAUCUUUUUCCUUCCCCCCCCCACCUAAUAAAUUGUGCAACCUUCAGCAUUCAAUACUUUAUAAUCUCCUUAAACCAAAACCUGCCCCCAGACCACUGGGUUUAAUGACCCCUAACAAAUCUCAUCUCCAGAAAUUGUUGUGAAAAACAAAUUAGAAAUUGCUGUAAGUUCAUAGGGAGCUCUCACCGCCUAGGAAUUUAAAACUAGCCUGGAUAAUGCUCUGGUGAAAAGGCAGUAAAGAAUAGUUUUAGACCAGCAAGGGAAGGGCUUAAAAGUUUAUUUUCUCGCUGAGUGACCGGCAAACCCCAUCCCCAAAGGCUUCAUUGCUGGUGAUGCAGCUGUAGGGAUUGCCAAAUACAUACUCAACAGCGGACUAGUUUUCUAUAAAUAGUGAUUAGAUCGUUAACUCCAUCUCUCUCUUGAUCCAAGUGAAGUCCGAGGACAGACCCGGGGCUGGUUUGAAGGGAAGGGGGUGCCACUGGCUUCAGCACUUUCCACCAGCUCUGUCCUCUCCCGCACACCAGGACUAGGAGAAAACCUCAGUGGUGACACCACCAGAUGUCUGUCUUUAAAGAUGACGUGGUUUAGGCCAAGGCACUGGUUCAUGCUGGGGGAAAACGGGGAGAACCUCAAACUCGGGCUGUUUUGGGGUUUCCUUCCCUUCUUUGCCUUGCUGGUGACUGCUGAGCUUAAAACCCGAUAAAUGGUGAUUCUUGGGGGGACAGAAACAGUUACAGUAAUACUCCUGCCAGAAUUAGGGCAAAAAUAAAGUAGGAAAACCCUAUUUAGAAAUCCACCACCACUAAAUAAUUCAUCUCUCUCCCAUGGACCCCAUUUUCCUGCCUUGGGCUUCACAAUUAAACUUUUUCAUUUGUGGAGUAGUUUGGAAAUAAAAGGGUGGGGGGAGAGAAAAAUUUGCUCAAAAAAUAAGUCAAAGGCUCCAACAUGUGUUCUUGGCUGGUUGAAUUCAAGAUGAGGGUUUUAGGCUUCCCGUGGGAGCUCCCUUUCACAGCUCCCCCCUAAUCCUCUGGAAAUCGCCUGUUCCCUACAGCUGUUGGUUCACCAGAUCAACUAUUUGUUCAAUUAUUCUUGGCCGGGAUGGCACGGGCUGCCUCAAAGGCUGCCGGCUCCAUCCCUCGGCCUGCUUCAAUCGCCUUCCGAGGAGCCCCGGCCCCUUUGAAGCCCACGGUCCUCCUCUCAAGACCAUCUCCAUCCUGCCCCCGCAUCCUUUUUUUAUCCCGGACGAUGCUCCAGAGCGGCUGCCGGGAGGACGGCUCCAGUGUCAGAGUGCCUGGGCUCAGCUUUUGCAGAAGCGUUCAAACCCGUCUAAUAAAUGGCUCGCAGCUGCUGAGAGACGGAUCUUGCCUGGUGCUGGAAAUCGUUCUGGGUUCACCUUGUGAGGAGUUCAAGCCCUCGGCCUCUCCAAGACAUGCAGGUCCUAAAUGGUUUAUGCUGGCUUUAGGUAAGGCCCCGUUUCAGUUUGCAAAACACUCUCCCGUUCAACUGAAAGGUCAGGGUGACACUUUGUGGUCAUCCAGAGACGUCUUUUGUACAGGACAUGCGGGAAAAUCCUCCACGGUCUUUGCAUGAGACCUUAAAUAGGUGAUGGAGCCAAGGUCUGAGCAGGAUGGACGUCGUUUGACAGCACAUGAUGAAAUACUGCUUUCCUUAAUCACAUUUUCUUUAAGCACACAGGGGUAGAAGAUGUAAUUCAGGCUCAGCAGUAGCUGACUGGCAGGAGGACCGUCCUGUUUGCUUGCAGAGUAUGAGCAAGAGGCUAAGAUGAACCCAGCAUCCUUGUCUUCUCCUGGCCAUCUAGCCUCACGCUAACCAAAGGGAACGACAGACUCUGAGUUUUGUCCUGGCGAGAGGAGAUACCAGCUGCAUUGCUGUCAGGAGUGGGAUGGGACAAGGACAAAAGCUACGUCAGAGGAGGUUGUCAGGAUGGCGAAUUUCAAGGGCCAUGCGCUUCCAGGCAGUUUUUUCCUGCUCUUCGGGCUGUGGUGGUCUGUGAAAUACCCACUGCAGUAUCUCAGCCAGAAAGUCAACAAGAAAGCCAGCAGGAUUUAUUGUUUCCAGCGUGCGGAUGCCAUUGAAGGGGGAGUCAAAAUCACCUUUGCUCUGAUAGGGAUGCUGGCCGAGCAGUUCGUCCCAGACGGUCCCCACUUGUACCUCUAUAGCGGGGAGAACCGCGACUGGGUGAAGCUGAUGAACUGGCAGCACACCACCAUGUACCUGUUCUACGGGCUCUCUGGGGUGGUUGACGUCUUCACCUACAUCUCCCCGGUGGUUCCGCAGGGGCUGGACCGCCUCAUGCUCUCCAUGGCUGUGUUUGUGGAAGGUUGUCUCUUUUAUUACCACGUCCUCCACCGCCCGAUGUUGGAUCAGCACAUCCACUCCCUGCUCCUCAUCGUCGUCUUCUUGGGGGCCUGCAGCAUCAUGCUGGAGGUCUUCCUCCGUGACAACAUCGUCCUGGAGAUGUUCCGAGCCUGCGCCGCCAUCGUCCAGGGCACCUGGUUCUGGCAGAUUGGGGUCGUGCUGUUCCAGCCCUUUGGAGGUCCCGCGUGGGAUGAGAAGGACCACAGCAACAUCAUGUUCCUCACCAUGUGCUUCUUCUGGCACUGGGCAGCCGCUGUGGCCAUCGUGGCUGUAAACUUCACCCUCGCUUACUGCUGCAUCCAGAGGUGCCGGAGGGGCAGCGGGGAGCCCUACAUCGGGCUGGGCGUCCGGCAGCAGAAGCGCGACAGGAGCUCCCAAGCCGCCUUCUUGAACGGGUCCGAUGAAGAGUGAGGAAGGUGCAACCUCCUUCUCCAAAUACAUGAAGAAUCUGUUGUCUAGAAGAAAAAUAAAUAGAGUCUAAUGAAAUAUUUAUAUUUUGGAAGAGCGAAGAGAGGUCGCCGUUCUGCUGCUGGGACACACGUUGAGCUCAUGCCCUUCGUCCAUACCAGAAUAUCACCGUCUCUGAAACAAGCACAAAAAAAGUGAUUUUUAGCAGCAAAAUUAAAUGCAGAAACUCAUCAUGAUGAGAUCACCUCAUCCCCCGUGUGUUUCCAUAGCGAUGGAGGGCGUCCUUUGGCCAGAUGACUUUGCCAAGAGCCUGGAGGCUUUGAAAUCAGGGAAAGCUCCAGGCUUGAGGUCCCGACCAAGGUGUCAUCCCAAGGAGGAAGAGCAAAAGAAUGUUAAAUGCGGGAUUAUGUCAAAUUUGCAACAUCACGGCUUGGUUGUGCACAGUACAAAUUUUAUUAGCGGAGCUUUGAAUUGAAGAAGGGUUUUGUUAAGAGGUUUCGUGUUCACUUAAAGGCUGGAAGAGUGAAUAAAUGUGAAAUAAAAAUCCUUGCUGAGCCAA